AUGCUGGGCUUCAGCGAGAUUCAAGUGACGCAGCCAUACUUCCACGACGCCAUGAUCGACAUGGUCAAGACCAAUGAUUUCUGGAAGGAUGCCAACCGGAGCAGCAGCGGGGACACCAACCACGCUCAGAUCAUCUACCGCUUCCUCAACAUCCUCGGCAUACGCCCUAAGGUCAACACUCGCUAUGCCUCAGCCGACCAGCAGCAGAAGGCAGACUUCAUGUGGUCCAUGGAGUGGGCCUUCGACCCCGAGCGCUGGGAGAAGAAGCGCUCUAGCAAAGAUUCGCCUCUGCUCGAUGAGUACAAGAACGCGACGCCGGAUGUUGGCAGGCAGGGCGCGGCAGAGCAUGGGCCAGGGCCGGUCUUGCAUGGUGCUUUGCCAUCAGCAGAGGAGCAGGAGGUGGGGCAGCAGCAGGAGAUGGAGGAUGAGAUGGAGGGGAGCUCGCGUGUAGUUCACGGGCUAGUGGAUCGCAGCGAUGGGCGGAAUGAGAGCAAGUGUGAGGAGGACGACAAGCACAUGCAGCAGCUCUACACGGACGAGGCGUGGCGCAUGCCCUCCCUUGAGGCCGAGCCCGAGGAGAAGCUGAUGCCGCUACCUCAAGUGCCAAAGCAGCCGAGGGUCUUGGCCACGUCGCCUGAGCUGUAUGAGGAGCUGGAGGAGUCGGAGGAGCUGCCGGAGUCUCGUCCUGUCUCUCUCUCUCGUAGCAGCAGCUUCGACCGGACUCCCAGCCCUUUCCCGGUCCACUCUCCAUGGACAGCCGAAAGCAUCUUCCGGGAGGCGUCAGUGUUCCUCACGCCAUGGGACUAG